AUGAUAAUUGUGUUUGUGAAUACAACACUUUUUCUAGUUAUAGUUUUUCAUGCGCAUUUGCAUGGACCGAUGUACGUAAUGUUAUGCAACCUAAUAAUGUGCGACGUAAUCGGCAGCACCGCUGUAAUGCCAAGACUGAUGUCUGACUUUUUUGUGGAUGUGAAGGUGAUCUCUUUUGCAGCAUGUAUUAUACAAGCUUUCUGCAUUCACAUGUAUAACCUAGCAGGACAGCUGGUACUGGCAGCAAUGGCCUUAGACAGAUAUGUAGCGAUUUGUAACCCUCUCCGUUACUCUGCAAUCAUGACGCCGCGGAUGGUAGUGAAGCUCUGCUCCAUGGCCUGGGGAGGCUCCUUUAUCGUUGUUGUAACACUUUUGUCAAUUACAAUAAGACUUCCAAAAUGUAAAUCCUUAGUCCUACAUGCAUAUUGUUUCAACGCAGCUUUGUUUGUAUUGGCUUGCGGAGAUUAUUCAGUAAAUAACAUUUAUGGAUUACUUAUUACAUAUUUCACAUCUACUUUGACUUUUUCGGCCAUUGCUUUUACUUACACUAAAAUUCUAAUGACGUGUUUUUUCAAAUCGCAGGCUAACGCUAAAAGUAAAGCUCUUCAGACUUGUGCUUCGCAUUUAACGGUUUAUGUCUUAUUUGCAAUCAGCCUUUUAUUUUCAAUAAUGGCUUUGCGGUUUCCAAGCAUCAAUCCUACUUUAACAAAGAUUUUCGGGACAGUGAUGAUUACCGUUCCGCCAUGUCUGAAUCCCCUGAUUUAUGGAAUAAACACGAAAGAAAUUCGAAAUACUAUUCUGAAAUAUUUUAAAAAGAGACUAGAAUCAAGUUAG